AAAAUUAUCACCAAAAAAAGUAACAUCAUCACCAUCAUCAUCUUCGAAAAAAGAUGAUAAAGAAAUGAAGAAAAAACCAUCAAGUAAAUCCAGUAGUGGGGGUAGCGGAAAAAUGGAUUCCUCAAUUUCAAAAGAUAAUAAAGAUUAUGAUGAUUCAUAUUUUAAACGAAUGCAUCGUAGAGCACAGGACAAAUUUCAUGAUCCAACUGAUGAAGAACUUUUUAUCGAAAAUCUUAUGGGUAAUAUUAAAGGAAAAGAAUUUAAACUAUGCAAAUAUCGACAUUCAUCAGCAUGUUUAGUUUGGUUAUUGGAAAAUAUGAAUGAUUUUAAUAAAUCACGGAAAAUUAUUGAUAAAAUAUCACCAGAAUUAUUUACAAUUGAAUGGGCAACCGAUGUUAAUACACAUGCUGUAUUGGAAAGUAGUUAUGAUAUAUUAAUGAAAGAAUUGGCUAAACAAAAAAAUUUUGAAACCGAUACGGCUAAAUGGAUUAUAAAAUGGAUGGAUGGUGUUGCUAAAUUUGUUAUCGAUAAUUUAAAAUCAUUUUUAAAUGAAUCGACUGAACGUGAAAAUCAUUUAUUGAUUACAACUAUGGAAGCAUUAGGUGGUAUUCGUAUUGGUCGUGGUUGGAAUCGAAAAAAUAUGCGUUUCGGAAAUGCUGCUGGUGCUAAAAUCGAUCUUGAAGCAAUGAUUUCUGGCGAUAUGAUUGUCAAAGAAAUACCACAAUCAUCAAAACAUUUUCUUAAACGUUUAGCUAAAACUGUCAUAUUGGAUGCACCUGAAGAUGAAUGUCGUGAUUUAAUUUUUUCACGUUGUACUAGUGUUGGUCUAUAUUUAUUGUUUAUAUUGAGAGUUCGUUAUACAGAAUUAUGUCAAAUGAUUGUUAAAAAAUUGGUGGAAAUUGUUUUCGCUACGGAUGAAAUACGCGAUCAUAUUUGUCAAUCAGCUAAUGGAGCUUAUAUCGUUGAAAUUAUGUUGUUGGUUGCGUCGGAAUCACGAUUAAGUAAAAUUUGGACUAAAUAUUUGAAGCCCAAUUUGAAAUUAUUCUGGAGGCAUGAAAUUUCUCAAUUUAUCAUUCAACGUUUGAUUGAUGCUAUCAAAGAAGAGAAUCUGUUCUGCGAUGUUUCACAGGAUUUGUUUCCUGAUCUCAAAGAAUUAUUUAAAAUUGGCCGUUCUGGUAUUGGUGUUUGUUUGGCUAAAAAUUGUCAUGAUCAACCAAAAAUGCAAACACCAUUGGUGACUGCAAUGAUGAAAGCAUUCGAUUCAUAUGAACCAAAAGAUAAACAAUUGAAUGUAGUUCCACAGAUGUUAUUCUAUGAACCAUCACCAAAUACUGAUCGUCGUGAUUCACAUAGUCGACGAAAUUUUGCUACACAAAUUUGGCUUUAUGGUUCUUUAAUGUUGCAACAUAUGUUCACCUAUAAAGAUCCAUAUAAAUUAUCUAAAAGUUUGCUAUCUAUGUCCAUUGAUAAUCUUAUGCGUACCUGUCAAGAUCGUAGCGGUAGUCAUGUGAUUGAUAGUUUUCUUCAAUCAUUAGACGUUGAAAUGAAACAUAAAUCCGAUUUAGUCGAAAGACUUUUGGGUAAAUAUCAUUUGCUUGCAUGUAACAAAUAUGGUUCACGUAUUGUUGAAAACAUUAUGAAAUUAUCGAAUGAAGAGGUUCGUACGGCUAUCACACAAGAAUUGUCGAAAAAAGAAUCUUUAUUAAUGAAAAAUCGUAACGGAUGGUUUGUGGCUAAAAAUGUUGGCAUUCAUCAUUUCAAAAAACGACCAAAUGAUUGGCGUGAUGUUGAACGUGGCCGAAUGCGACGAACUCGUGAAUUUGGCCAUUUCAAUCAAAUAACAAAACAUCGACCGGACAAUAUGGGUGGUGAUCAUCGACCUAGCUUUGGUGGACGUCCAUCAUUCGGUAAUCAUGAUCGUCGAUCAUCACCGGAUAAUCGUCGUCGUGAUGGUCGUCGAUUUGAACGACGUGGUGUUGGACGACGAUUUCAUUAGUUCAUCAAUAGAUCUCUCAUCUAUUUCUAUAUUUUGAAAA